UUGCGGUCUAGCCCAAAUCCUGGGUCGAUACUUUUACGAAAAAAAAAAAAAAAACUGCAGAACGCUGGGCCUACUGUCACAUGAGUUACUGCUCCGAGAAACAAAAACCUGCCCCAAAGGAAAACGGACAUAUACGAUUGACAGACGAUCUUUAUAUUUUUAUCUGGAUCCUUCUCCAUUUUUUCCCAUCCUCUUUCUACUUGGUCUAUUUUCCCCCAAUAUCUUCGUUUCUUUUCCUUGGCUAUUGAGGUCGAGGUUGCACGCUUGAAACCCCUCCCCGGCUCUCAAAAGUUCGGGCAUAGCCAAGAAGUACACGACAAAUCCGACCGACUUGGCCGCGACCCCGAUCCCAACAACCCAUCUGGGUCUAUCUAUUCACGGAUUUCCCUUACGUCAGGUUCUAGACUUGUCAGUGGCACGACUAAUACCGACGAUAAAACGGGAAAAAGGGAAAUAAAAAGAAAGCGCCCACACAGUGGCGUCCACUGGCCCUCUGAGGAAACAAAAGAAAAAAGAAUACACAACAGUCUAAAAAGAAGCAGCAAGAAGGAGCUAUUUAGCAACAAACAUUGGCUCGGCACAUCUCGAUCCCCAGCCACGCGAGACAGACUUGCCUUGUUUUGAUUUGAAUUCCCGCCAUCUGCGACAAGCCAGGAGGAUCCACAGGUCCACGCAACCCCCGAUCCAACUAAGUUUCUCACACUUCUCACUGUUUACUCACAGUGGCGGUAGCCAAUCUGUCUCGACUCGACAAACGGCGCAGACCCAACCACCUCCACUGACCAAUUUGGCGUGUUUCUUGCGGCGCGAAAGAAAAAUAAAGAAAAAAAAAAAAAAGCUAGACCCUCUUUUGAUUGCGAAUGCCUCAGUGCAUCUGCGCACCCAUGUCAGCGUCCUGAUACACUCUGUCGUCCCCCCAGCUUUCCAUCGAAAAUUGGACCCAUACUCGCGAAUUGAACCCUAGUCUAGUCAAGGACCCAGAGGCCUGCCCAGGGUCAAAAGAUAGUGACACCAAAAACGUAAAUAGAACCCUGGCGCCGCAUCCGCGACCCCGUUCUUUAAGAUGUCAACUCCCCAGAACCACCCACUUCCGCGUCCUCCCCCGGUCCCGCAGCACGACGGCUUCUACGACGACCAGCAUAAUAAUUACUAUCAAUCGCAGUCGUCAGACAGCCAGCCUUUGCCGCCGCCGCCGCACCAGCAACAGAGCAAUUCUCCUGAAACCCAGGCUUUCCCGCGCUUGAGCUCAUACCCUUACCAACCGCCACAGCAGCCACAGCAUCAUCGUCAGCAACAGGGCCCGCUGCCACCGGCUCAUCAGUCUCACCAUUCUGGAUCAUCAACUGGCCAUCAAAGUCGUCAAGACGACCGCUCACGCUCCAGACCACGAACUUUCAGCUUACGCUCCGAUAAAUCUCACAGCAAUAGCAUCGACCUUCACGAAACCCACGCCGAGAAGGAAGCCAAGAGACUCCACAGCAAAGCAGAUCCCACUUUGGCAAUGAACGAGGCGGAGCCAACAGUCGUAGCUGCCACGGUCAAGUCAUCGUUGGCACCGCUACGCAACAUGCAGCAUAAAGAUUACCAGGGAAAUGUCAUAGAUGAUCCUGACAGGUCAAACCCCACGCGGAGUCGCUGGGAACGACCUUUGGAUACUAUUCGAAGUUUCGAGGCUGCGAUAGAUGGUAAUUACAGUAACAGACAAUCGAUAAUGAUGCGUUCGGACUCGGAGUCUGUGGCAAACUGGACCCGUAGGAGUAGCUACUAUGGUAGCAAUAACUAUAGCAGCACGCCGGGCAGCUCGCGGGCCAACCGCUACCAGUCACGCGACAGCUACUUUAGCCUACGACCAAAUCAAUCAGAAUAUGGUUAUGGCAACGAGGGAGACAUGGCCGCACCCCGAGGAUACAACGGAUAUAGUCAUGGGUCGCAGCAGAGAUACUCCAGGAUGAAUUCCGAACCCCAUUACAGCACGCCGAGACACGCUGAACCGUUGUAUCCAAUUCAAUCCCACCACCGUUCUUACGAGACGGUCGCAUCGGGCUCUGGCAGUGGCAUGUCAGGCGAACCGAAUGGUUAUACUACUGAUCCGACCAGCAGCGACAACAGCUCGAUCGAACGUAUGCAGUCCCCACCCAAGCGUCAAGCAGAAGCACCCAAUGACUAUGGGAUUGGCUUUAGCCAGAGCCCGACAUAUGCGUCACAAUCGUUUGCGGUGGGGGGCGUUACGCCCCAAAAUGGGUCCCCGGCCAAUAACGCCUCCAUCAGCCCCAGUGGGCGUGAUGUCCCACCUGUGGCACCACAAAAGCCAAACACGAUUACAAGGAAGCCCACACAGCAACCCGCGACUUCCAGCGCUCCAGAGAGGCCAGCAGCACCUGAGAAGCGCAAAAGCUGGUUUUCUCGCCGCUUCAGCAAGAACAGCUGAGGCUCCAAUCUCUGGAAAAUCACUCGUUGAUAAGAUUUCUCCUUUGUUUUAAAUUAUUCGUUGAAACAUCUUGACCUUGCUGGCCUUCCUGAUACCCACUAUUCUCAACAAAAGGCUUUUUUUUUUCUCCCCUCGAACCCCUUGCCAUGGUCCCCAAGACCACGAGGGGAUACUUAUCCGUCUUUUCAUCGGAUAUUUACCGUUGUCCGACACUUUCUACCAUUUUGAUAAGAGGAAAAGAUUCCUAAACUGGCUCUCUUUCUCACUCAAUUUUAAUUGUGGAUAGGGGCAAUCCGGGGCGUCACUGAUAUUUAUGGGGAUGGAUGGUGAGCUGGGUGUUAGAUUGAUUAUGACAUUCAGCUUGGAAGGGUUUGGCCGAGCGGUUUCGCAGCACGUCGGUGCCCAUCUAUGACUAUUCGUACGGAUACUGGCGUGGAACAAGGAUUUGGUCGGCCGGGAGGCGCACACGUAUAUGAAUGAUGCUUUUAUAUAUUGUUGCUCAAAAUAGAGAAAUUACUUUGAUUUAAAAUAUAACCCAUGUCCAG